AUGCGCGUCGUCGCGUCGUCGAGUCGCUUGCCAGCGGCGACGUCUUCGCCGUCCCGCUCAUUGCGUUCGUCUUCUUUGCGUCUCCACGCGAGCGAUCGUCUAUCCCAGGGGAUGAGCUCGCGUCAGCACUCGUACAUCAUAGAGUAUUUGCAUGUCAUCGUGGGUCCGAGGAAAGGCCGUCGUGCGCUCGGGCACAAAGACUUUGAAAAGCUCCAGCGGGCAGAGAGUGCUUUGGGCGGAGGCGGCGUCGCCGCGAUAAAGGAAGCGCUCGAGCGCGAGCGCGAGGCCACGCGAGCGAUCGAGGCCGAGAUAGAGGCGAAUACGUACGCGCCGGAUCACGAAAUGCGCACGUUGAAGGCGAAGAAACUUCGGUUGAAGGAUGCGCGCACGGCGCUGGAGAGGGACCUUCGAGCGGCUGAGACAGUUGAGGCGCUCGGCGAAGGCGGUUCCGGUGGGAAAGUGUGGCGAGCGCGAGACACUGAGACCGGAGAAGAGGUGGCGGUGAAAGUGGAGGACGAUGUCGGGACGAGCGCGCUGGAGAAGGAGUACGAGACGACGAAGCUUGUGCAUGCCGCAGCGCCGAAACAUUUCCCGUCGGUUCGAUACUUUGGUAAACAGAACGUCAUGGAUAGACCGUCGCGGGUGAUGGUGCUCGAUUUGCUUUCGGGUGGAAGUCUUGAGGAUCUGUCUCAGCGUGUGACGCUGGGAACGGGAUUCUCUCGCUGCACCGUCUCUCGUCUUGCGAUGAGGUUGUUUUCCAUCCUCGAGGCAUGUCACUCCGUGCGCGUCGUGCACGGCGACAUCAAACCAGAAAAUCUUCUCCUCACCAAACGCCACGGUGGUGAAGUACAGAUGGUCGAUUUCGGCGAGGCGGUUCGAUUCGAUGACGCGUAUUCAGCGACUGUGGACGACGCGGUGUCGAGAGAUGCGUGGCGUGGAACGAUGCUAUUUUCCAGCGCCAAUGUCGAUUCUGGAUCCAAAAUAACGUUUCGAGACGAUUUAGAGAGCGUUAUCUUCACGUUGGCGUACCUUCGAACCGGUCGUUUGCCCUGGAACGGCGUCAUAGACGGGGCCGACGGGGUCGUGGACGUUCGCACGCUCGCGUCUGUGAAACGUUCCAUCGACACCGGCAUGCGUUUGAUCACGCCCUUGGGCGCCGACGAGCUCUCGAGCGAGCUCGACGCCGACGACGUUGUCUUCUUUGACGCAUGUCUCCGACAUGCGCGCGAGUUAACCGCUCGCGCCGUUCCGAAUUACGAGUGGCUCGCCCGAGUUGCUCGUGCAUACGCCGCUGGUUGCGACGAACGUCCGUAUGAAUGGGACGCCCACUGA